AAUAAUUAACGUCCUAAACAAAUGAAAAGAAUUUCAGGUGAAAUAUGACUUAAUUGCAUCGAUGGAUGAAUGAAUUUGGGAAGGUUCAACCAUCAACUAUGUAAAGCUGUUUUUAUAAUCACGGUGAAAAUAUGUCGAGAAGGUCUCCGCCUGUAGUUACCGGAAUAAGUCCAAAGGAAGGCAAACCAGGAACGAAGGUUGUUAUAAGAGGAGAAAAUUUUGGAAGCAAGCCUGCAGAUCUUACAGGGCUAACAAUAUGCGGUGUGAACUGUUUGUUAUCUGCUGAAUGGAAAUCUCCAAGUAAAGUAAUAGCACGAACUGGACAAGGUGAUGGAAAAGGAGAUGUGAUAAUCACAACAAAAACUGGUGGAGUUGGAAGCUGUACUGUACGGUUUAAUGCUAUCCCUUUUAAUCCAGGUCCACUUGAAGAAUCUGCCAUUUGGAUUGAUGAAAUUCCUCUUGAAGAAAUGCAUAGAGCAAAUCAUGGUCAUUCAAUCACACAAAUUUCUGGUUAUCAAGAUCCAUUGGGCAUUACAAAAGAUAUCAGAAAAAGGCAGGUAGAAGAUAGUAUUGAUGAAUUUUAUCCUGAAGGUUCAGAAGAUACAUUGAGUGUUGAUUUUAUACCAGCAGCAUUUUUGAUCAGAAAACACUGUGAUGUGAGGUAUAAAGUUUUACACACCACCGUGCAAAUUUCACAUGUUGCUUUUCAACAGCAUUCAAAUACAAAUACUAGAUUUGAACAACUCAAAGAUGGCCUUCAGCAUCUAAAGAAGGAAGAAUCAAGACGAGCUACAGGACCUUUAGCAUUCGUAAAGGACAACAUAACCACAUUUAUGGAUGCUGAGGAAACGCUUACCGCUGUUCAAAGAGAAAUGCUGAAAGAUCAAAGUGGAAGCAAAGGUGGCUCUCUUGCUGAGGCAUUGGGAUCUUGCCUGCAAAAUGCCAGUACUCAUGCUGAUGCUUUAUUCCAAGAUGUCUUGAGACGUAAAGAUGAUGCUGAUACAAUGAGAAAUGCAUUGAGUGUUUUACAUCGUUUUAGAUCUAUAUUCAGUUUACCUCAGAUCAUUGAGAAAAAUAUCAGCCAGGGUGACUAUGAGAUGGUUGUGAAUGAUUAUUCAAAGGCCAAAUCACUUGUGUCAGAUAAUGCUCCACUUGUAUUUAAAAAAGUAUUGAAUGAAGUUGAGAGCAAAGUCGAGAAAUUUCGCAAUCAGUUGCGCACUCAACUGUCAAAUCUUCCAAUAGCUCUUAAAGACAUGAGACGAUACAUCAAGUACGUUAUUGGAUUGGAUUCACCUGGUGAUAUAGCUUGGGAAUGCUUAGAAAAUCAACAUAAAUGGUUGUUAGGAUUACUUGAUAAUUGUCGUGAAGAUCAUCUUCGUAAAAAAUCACGUGGUUCAGGUGCAUUGUCAUUAACAUCAUAUUAUAGUCCAAGACGGGAGUCGUUGGAAAACUAUCUAGGUUGGGGGACUAGAGCCCACGCUCCUCCUCGUGCAGUUAUCUAUGUGGACGAGCUUUCUGAUAUAUUGAGUGAAAGCUUACCUGAUCUUUGGAAACUCGGCAAUGAGUACUUGAAUGGUAGUCUGUUUAAAAAGGAGAACACAGAUACUGAUAAGCCAUCAUUUGUUCCGGCUGCUGAGCGAAAUCAUGAAUUUCAAGGGAUGGUUCGUGACAUAACGAAACGAUAUUCGACAUUUCUUGAGGAAGUAUUUGUUGGAGUUUAUAAACCUGACCACGAUAAGAACACGGAAUGGAAAUCUCGUAGGGACGAGAUCACUCCUUGGUUACCGAAAUGUGUAAAAUUUGUUCGACGUUGUUACUCCACAUUGAAAACGCAAUGUGGUAAAAGUUCCUUCGAAGCACUCAAGUUAGUCCAGUCAUCUUUAGAAGAUCUUCAGUUCUUGUCAACUCGAUGUCUCAUGGAGAAUUCUGUGGAAGAAAUAAGAAAUCUCUAUAAGAAUGAAGAUUGGACUAAAGAGGCUAUAAGCAAUGGCUGUGUUAUAACGAUUUUGCCCAUCACAUUUGAAACUAUUGCAAUUGAUAUGCUGCAUGUGUUGAAAGAUGUUAUUGGGGAGGCGACAUUUGGCGGAGAGAAGGGUGAUGAGAUUCAGAAAGAAAUUAACGAAUUAUUUUAUAAAAUGCUCCAGGCAGCAAUUGAAAGUCUUGAGCAUCUUGGUUUCCCAUCAGACGAAGAACUUGAUAAAAUAUCAGUAUCAAGUCGUCAUCAUUAUGGAAGUUUUGAUUCCCAUGAAGAUGUCAACUCGGUUUCUUCAAUCAAUUCUCCCGCAAGGGAUGAACGAUUCCUGAUUGUUCUCAGUUGUUGUUCGUAUCUACGGGAUAAUGUUUUACCCAAAAUUGUGUCUAAUUAUCAAAGCAAUGGUCAUGCAGGACUAGAAAAUUUACUUCCGUCAUUUAAAUGUGAAAUUAUGAAACUUGAAGAUAGGAUAUUUAAUGCUUAUGUCGAAUUAAAAAGUGAACCGCUGGUCAGUAGAAUAAAGACCGGAAUGUUUGCUGGGGACUUCAAUUGGGGUCGCUGUAAAAAGCCGGAUGACGUAAGAGAUUACGUAAAGGUUGUUAUUCUCGAGUUGAUUGUUAUACAUGCCCAGGUUUUUUCAAGCUCUGCUUCGUUCGUGCCCAGGGUACUUUCGCGAUUGACCGAGAUACUAACGGAGACUGUGUAUAAGUUGUUCAAGAACGCCAAAGGCAAAUAUUCUACUAAUGGUAUCAUCCAGGCACGUUUGGAGCUCACUUCAUUGAGAGAAGCGUUGCAAAACUGGUUAACAGACAAAUCAAGAUCGUUUUUAGAAAAUACUUACAAAUGUAUUCCAGCUAUAAGUAAAGAAGAUCAUCAAAGAGAAAUCGAAAAACUUUUGAAAGAGUUCAAAGCUAGAAGUAAUUUUCAGUUGCUCUGUUUUGAUGAGAGUGGCAGUGUUGAAACGAAAUCUUGACUUCACGAAAUCUGUCCUGAUUUUUCGCCCAUUUCAUUUGCAAAUUGUACUAGAUUCAUUUUUCAAAUUGUGUAGAUAAGUUAUUUGUGAGAAUAUUUUUGUACUUCAUAGAUACAAACAAACAAAAUGAAUUAAUAUUUUACUCAAAAUGAACUAAAUUAUCAGUGAUGUAUAUAAUAAUUCAAUUAAUGUUAGUCUCUUUCGUAUUAAUUACAUGAAAAAGAGGCCUUGACCGCAGAA